AUGGAGAUGCAGAACCUGAAGAUGGGUAUAUCGGUCAGGCACGUGACUAGACACGUGACCUGUGGACCAACGGUUCAGUGCCGUGACAGUACUCCCCCUUCCCGAUGGAGGAGAUUGAACUUCGAGACGCUCAUCGUCAACGGCAAGUUCCUCCAGGGAGGAACCUUUUGUGAAAGUCGGGCGGCACUACCGAGGGACUGCAAGAUGGCGGCGGAGGCGCAGCCCCAAAUCGUGGUCGAGGUGGCCGACCAACCACCUUCGCCGAGACGACCGAGCCGCGCGUCGAAACCGAGCGCGAAAGCUCGCGAAGCCAUGGAAUCGCUCGAGGACGUGGCUACCACGUCGAGGAGAGCGGCGAGCGAGACCACGCGGGCGGUUACGACGCGAGGAGCACGCGCGUCUGGGAUUUUAUAUGGAGCCAACAGCCGGAUCGAGACGGGGAAGUCAGGUAUACAGAUGCUCCUGGAGGCGAUCAACGAACAACGAGACGAAAUGUACCGAAUGAUUACCGAGCAGCGAAACACGAUUGGCGAACUACGCGAGGUGAUUUGCAAGCAGCACGACGCGAUUCAAGAACUACAUCGCCAACUUGCAGACACCAGGACCCAGCUGUCUGAAGAACUGAGACAAGCGCGGGAUCAGAUUGAUACCCUUCAACGCAACCCGGUAGCCAUGGCUUCGUCCCAACCAAGCGCAAGAGGGUCAUACGCCGAAGUCGCUCGCACCCCACCAUCAAGCCAGCCAAGCGGUGUGCGCACCCUCUCCUCGCGAAACACGACGCCUUCAUCCUUUACCGACACGUUGUUCUGUACGAUCGAUACAUCUAGAGUGGAGGAGAAAGAGAAGGGAAACGUUCAGGUGGCGGACAUUAGAAAGGCAAUCGAGACAGAGGCCAGGGCACAGGAAAGCAUGGGAGACUGGCGUUGCGCUGCGGUUGUGAAGGAAGCCCGAAACCCGGACCGAGUCAGAGUAAUUUGCAGGGACGAAGGCGAGGUCCAGCUCGUCAAGGAAGCGGCAGAGAAGAUCAGUGUUCCUGGAGUGCGGGUAUUGAGAGACCAGUUGUACCCGGUGAGGGUAGACAAUGCCAACCGAACAGCGGUCCUCGAUGCGGACGGAAACAUCCUGCCGGGAGCCGCAGAGGCGCUAGGGACAGAGAACGACGUCAACAUUGCGAAGAUUGCCUGGCUCAGCAGGAAGGAUACAAGCAAGGCCUACGGCUCGAUGGUUGUCUACGUGACGAAGGGCAGCGAAGCAAGGCGACUUCUAGACGGGCGUUACUUCCAUCUCGCCGGAGAAUCCGCUUACACGACCGUUUUCGCGCCCCGGGAAGGCCCAAUCCAGUGCUACAGAUGCCAGGAGAUCGGCCAUAAGGCCUUCGCCUGCAAAAAGCCGCAAAGAUGCGGAAGGUGUGCGGAACAGGGUCACCACCACAAGACGUGUCAGUCCGUGGUCCUGAAGUGCGUGCUAUGCAGAGGACCACACGAGUCAUUUAGCAAGAACUGUCGGCAGAGUCUGCUAAACGACGAGGGACUCAAGGACUUCGCAGUGCUGGCCAUCUCCGAACCAUAUGCCAGGCUGAUCGAAGGCUCGGUGACGACGGUCCCAAUGAGUCAUUACAACUGGACGAAGCUGAUACCAACGACAAGACGAGAAGCCACGUGGCCAAUUCGGAGCAUGCUAUGGGUACGAAGCGAUAUAGAGGUCGAGCAGAUUCCAGUGCCGUCGGCAGACCUCACCGCAGCACGCAUCCGGCUCCCAGACCGGGCAGUGCUGAUGGUGUCAGUGUAUGUGGAGGGUGGUAGUGACGAAGCACUGGAAGAUGCAAUGAGGGAGAUUGACCUAAUGAUUAAGAGGUUUCGAAACGGAACAGGGACGAGAACGGACAUCAUACUGGCGGGCGAUUUCAACCGCCACGACCAGCUUUGGGGAGGGGACGAUGUCUCACCACGGAGACAAGGCGAGGGAGACCGCAUCAUCAACCUCAUGGACGAACACUCCCUCUGCAGCCUCCUCCCAAGAGGCACGAAGACGUGGCAGUCAGGCGACAUUGAGAGCACAAUCGACCUGGUACUGGCCUCUGCAGAACUAGCAGACCAACUACUCAGAUGCACGAUUCACCCCUGCGACCAUGGCUCAGACCACAGAGCAAUCGAGACAGCUUUUGACACCACGGUGGAGGACCGCCCCAGUGAGACGAGGUUCCUCUUCAAGAACGCGCCCUGGGCGGAAAUUAGGACUAGGGUGGCAGCAAACCUCGAACGCAUCCCCUGGGACGGCAAUGUCCAGCAGCAGACGGACAGGCUCAUGGCAGUGGUAACCGAGGCGGUCUACGCCCUGACACCUAAAGCCAAGCCCUCACCAUACGCCAAGCGGUGGUGGACAACAGACCUGACACGGCUUCGCCAGACAUACACGUUUUGGAGAAACCAGGCGAGAUCUCGACGUAGGAUUGGGCAAACAGCACCAGAGAUCGAACAACGAGCCAGGAUGGCAGCCAAAGAGUACCAUGACGCCAUCCGCAGACAGAAGAGUUCGCAUUGGAACGACUUCCUGGCCGAUGACGCUAACAUCUGGCAAGCAACGAAGUACCUGCAAACCGGCAGCGGCACGAUGGGCGAUAAGAUACCCCCGCUCGUCCGACCCGAUGGCUCCAUCACGGAGGGUAAAGCAGAACAAGCGCAGGAGUUACUCACCGCCUUCUUCCCACCUUUGCCAGCGAGAAUCGAAGACGAGGGCCAACGACCUCAACGGGCGCCGGUACACAUGCCAGACCUAACAAUGGAGGAGAUAGAACAAAAGGUCCUGUCCGCUAAGCCAUGGAAGGCGCCCGGGGAAGACGGUCUACCGGCAAUGGUAUGGAGACAGCUCUGGCCAGUGGUCAAAGACAGGGUGCUCCAUUUAUUCCGGACGUCGCUUCGAGACGGCGACAUCCCCAGCCAGUGGAGGAAUGCCAAGAUCAUCCCAUUGAAGAAGCCAGGGAAGAGCGAAUACACUCUAGCCAAGUCCUGGAGACCCAUCUCGCUGCUCUCCACGCUGGGUAAGAUACUGGAGGCAGUCAUUGCGGAGCGUUUAUCCCAUGCUGUGGAGACCUGCGGCCUUCUACCCGCCAACCACUUCGGAGCCAGGAAGAGACGCUCGACCGAACAGGCUCUCCUUCUGCUUCAGGAACACAUCUACAAAGCAUGGAGAGCUAGGAAAGUGCUCAGUCUGAUCAGCUUCGAUGUCAAGGGCGCAUACAAUGGGGUCUUCAAAGACAGGCUUCUCCAGAGGCUCAGGGCAAGAGGGAUACCUGAAUCCCUGGUCAAGUGGAUCGACGCCUUCUGCUCCAAGCGCACAGCGACCAUUGCCGUAAACGGGUUCACAUCUGGACGCGAUUUUCAGAACAACCGUUCCUCGGUCAAAGGCCGAAGUGUUCAAACCGAGUUAAGUGCGAAAAUCCUAGGUGUCGUGAUGGAUCGCGAACUCUGCUACAAGCAGCACAUUGCUAGGACGGCAGCUAAGGGCCUCGCAGCCGCUCUGGCUCUGAAGAGGCUGAAGAUGCUUUCCCCGCGGACAGCGAGACAGCUAUUUGUUGCGACAGUAGCCCCGGUCAUGGACUACGCUGCCAAUGUCUGGAUGCAUGCGUGCGGGGAAAAAGCACUGAGCUGGCUGAACAGGGCACAGAAGAUCGGGGCCCUGGCCAUCACGGGAGCCUUUCGAACCGCGGCAACAGCCGUGGUGGAAGCUGAAGCGAGCAUCUACCCCGUACGAGAACGACACGCCCAGGCGGCAGCAAGUCUGUGGAUCAACAUCCACACGCUGCCCGGAACGCAUCCCCUUGCCAUGAAGAAAGUCCGGACCACCGUACGAUUCGUAUCUCCGCUGCAGAAAAUUGCCCGCGUGGCCGAAGGAGUACGAGUCGACCGGAUGGAGACAAUCCAGGAAUACGCCGUCCCGCCCUGGGUACCCCGCCUACGACCGACGCUCGAAGCCGAUCGAGGGAAGGCGGCCGAGAUGGUCAACAAAAUCUCGGGAAUCGUGAUCGCAACCAGCUCAUCCGCUGCACCGACAAAGAGGGAACUCGGUCAACUUUCUGUGGAUACCAGCGAGAUUGACUUCGCGUUGGGGUCAGAUGCCCAAGGCAGCAGCCCAGAGAGCGUCGAAGCAAGGACGCACACCCGACUCCCAAAAUGCCCCAAGCCCAAGUCUACCGCGAUGAGGCUGGCAAUGGAAAGACAACGGGCGACAAGAGUUCUACCUGUAGGCGUGGGCAAGUUCUCAAAGACCAUGGACGCAGCACUACCAGGCAAGCACACGCGCGAUCUCUAUGACAAGCUGAAGCGAAGGGAGGCCUGCGUAUUGGCGCAGCUCCGAACCGGAAUGGCGAGACUGAACGGCUUUUUGAGCAGGAUUGGGGCGGUCGAGUCAGACCUUUGUGCCUGUGGACAAGCGAGGGAAUCAGUGGAACACUUUCUUUUUCCGAUGCGUGAAAUGGACAGCUCUGAGGGAAGACAUGCUGCAAUGCACAGUGGCAAGACGAGGAAGCCUCUCGUUCUAUCUGGGAGGGAAAGCGCCAUCAGAUACAAGGCAUCGGUCACCAGAUAUGAAGGCAGUCCGGGCGACGAUCAAAUACGCAAUGGCAACAGGAAGGCUGGAGCAGAAUGA